AUGAUAGGAUCCCGGUGUAAAUUUUUCUUACAAGAACUGAUGCGUAAUGUAUCGCAUUUUUUUUUUUUUUUUCUGAAGUUAGGACAACCAUUUUACAACCAAAGAUUUGUUGCAAUUAUAUAUGAACUUAUUAACAUCAUGUCCUUAUCCAUCCGAUUAUUUGAAGACUACUACAAACUACAGUAUAGUUAUUUGUGUACCAAACCCCAACUUUUGAAGACGGCAACUCCUAGUGUUAAUUUUGUAAUACAUGUGAAUAUACUAAUUAACAACAAUGCGCUAACCACAAGGACUUUUGAUUCUCAACUAAUAACCGGAUUAGCCACGAGGUUUACAAAAUUUUGGAGCUUAUUAGAAUAUGAAGUAAGCCUAAACAUAUGUGAUGAUUCCAGUCACACAUUUGAUAUGGUCUUAAAAUGCAAGAUAUUUGAAUUGUAUGCUCCCACUAAUUGUUUACUUUCCCUAGACUUAGAAUUGUCUAUCCUCACACAAGAAAACACUAUUCAUUUGGAAGAUAUGUCUACCAAUUUCAAUUACUUGCUAGCAUCAUGGUAUCUUUUUAUGGAAACGCAAGCUCCAUUUGUUUUUUCAUUAAUUGGCCGACAGUAUGCGAAAAGCAACAUUUUCUGGUAUAGAAGAGUUCGAAGAGAUGUGCUAGGAUAUGACUCAAUGGAUUUAGAUAGAGUACUUAUGUUGUUGGAGGGCAAAAUCUCUUACAGUUUUACUGUUCAGCAAUUGUUGCUACAAAAUGUUAAAUUGCAAUCACUUUUGGAAGCUACGUCACCAACAUCACGCAAGAAAGCCAGCAGUGCUAUCAAAUCUUACCCUGUGACAUUAAUACAGUGA